AUGACAAUCCAAUCGACCGAACCCUCAUCCACCGACGCCCUACCUUCCGGUUCUACCCAUGGACCGUCGGAAGCUUUACAUAGUUGGAACCAGUACACUUCGACCUUCCAGCUCUCCACCAUGGAACCAUUGGAGUCCAUAAGACACCUCAUCUUUCAAAUUCUCAUUGACGAGAUCUCUCUCACUCUCAUCAGAGUAUCCAAGCAUUUCUACGAUACCAUCACUCCGAGUUUGUAUCAAGUCGUCGAGCUAGAUAAAAACAAUACACACAAGGUGUUUUGGGGAAUGUUAAUCCAAUUGAAAGAGAAGGUGGAUAAUCCCAAUCCCAGUCCGAAUCAAUCCAAGACAUCUGCGGAGAGUACUGGUAAGAAGAAAGAGAAGGAGAAGAAGAAUUGGAAAAUUGGAGAAAGGAAAUUGAACCUACUGAAGAUGAUUCAAUAUAUCACCUUUGAAGAUUCUCAAAGUGUCGAUAAAUUCUUCAAGAAAGUCAAAAUUUUCGAUUCGGUCAACCAUCUCAAUGGUUUAAAAGAAUAUCAACGAAUCCUGACUUCAGUCAAACAUGUAAGGUUUGGUAAAGAUUUAGUCGGAUCAUCAUCAACCGAUUUUACAAAACUUCGACGAUCGUUCUUCGAUAGAAUAACAGAUUAUGGACUUGUAGAUUACCUUGAAGAAAUCAUGUUUCAUGCUCAACCUCUUUCGAUCUGUCUGGAAUGGCCAAGAACAUGGGAAAGGGACGAAAGGUAUUUGGAUGUUGAAGAUGAUAAUGAUCUUUUCGAACCUACCUUGGCUUAUGCAAUUGAUGAUAUUCUUGAAGAAUUGAUCAAACAUAAUGGCAAAGGUAACAAAUUCAAAUUUCGAAUUCACAUUCACUCAUUCUACUUUCACGAAGCUAUUUAUAUCUUGUACGAAUUCCCCUUGGAUUACGGGAUGAUCUUUGAUUUGGAUGAUAAACCAGGCGAAGGUACUGUUCACGAUUUGAUUCACGAGAUGGAAGGUUUGAAAGAAGAAUUGAAAAUUGAAUUCACUGGGGUUAAGGAAGGGUCAGUCAAAGAUGAUGAUUUCAUCUCAAGAAUUCAUACGACUGAAGAAGAAGAGCUGUACUGCCCUUGUGAUUCAGUCGAGUGA